GAGAUACUGAAAACCGCUAAUUCAGCAGACACAAUGCAUUUUUGAUGUAGUUCGUGUAAUACCAGAUGGCAGUUUGAAUGAUUCUUAGAACAAAUUCAACAAUAAUUAUAUUUUUUCAUUUAAUUAUUAAACAACUAUGAAAGUCCCCAAAGAUGUUAUUUGUGGAGUAUGCAAGAAAGUAUUUUGCUGUGCCGAGUGCCGUUACAAACAUGAGAUAAAAACACAUGCCAUCGUUGUACAAAAACCCAUAAUUACUAAUCAAACCAAUGAAGACCUGAAACCAACCGAUCUGGGAGAUCAACUGAAGAAAAACGAAACCAGUCAUAUUUAUCUCUUCUGUCCGCUUUGUGAACGCAAGCCAAUGCCGCUGCAACGCGAAAUGUACGCCGAGAUGUUGGCGCAUGUAGAGCAAAAUCAUCUGCCGCUACGCUGUCGCAAAUGUACCAAGGUCUAUACUCGGUUGGACGACUUGCAAAACUUCACUAAAUGCACACAGACCGCCACCGCGCCGACAUGUUAUUGUCCUGACAAGGGUUGUUGCAAUCAACUCGAUCACACCUGUGACACAGUCACAUUGCAGAAGGAUUUCGCCAGAGUUACGAUUUCGACGCAAACAUCGCCACAGCGUCGCCAAUGUGACGAGUUCCACGAGACGCCAAUGUCAUUAAUCAACAUGCGCUGGAAGGCUAAGAGCAAGCUGACACAUGAGGAGUUUGUGUGCGACAGCGUUUCUUCGUUGCGAAAUAUUUCGUCGAUUAGCAAUAGUUCUCUGCGCCGCAGUUUGGAUGUCAUGGUCAAACCGAAGGGCCAACUAGUGCGCACUACAUCGACGCCAGUGCACGCAGAAUUGCUUUGCACGAAGCACACCGAGCGUACAUUUAACGCCUCCGGUGCCCAGGUGUCCAGUAUUUAUCACAGUGGCGGUGAAACGGAUAAUCACAGUCCCGCAAUCGCAGCGGGUGCGAUCGCAACGUCUAAUCCUGCAACGCUAUCACCAUCCAAACAGCAAUUAGAAAACCUUAACCGCUACCUAAAGGUGGGCGGUCCGCGUGGCAAAAUGAGCGCAGUGACACCGCUGCGUCAAGUGAUGUCGAAGAGCAUACAGAAGGCUUUUGCUGAGCAUGGCGGGCUACCAUCGGCGCGUCUUAGUGGUGUCGAUUUGCCACCAAUGCGUAAAAAGAUGUUCGAUUCUCACACGGCUGAUAGCAGUGGCAGUUCGACUGGUUCGCCACUCGAUUUGCGUUUGUCGCCGGUAGUUCGGCGCACUCAUAGUGAAAUUCAAACGAGUCAAUUACACGCUAGCAGUGCUUCGACGGAACGAAAUUCCAGCGUUUCACAAAAUAUGUGCCACGAAGUAUUUCGUUCGUCACAAAAGCUCACCACUACCGAAUCGAUUGUGAUAACGCGCACCAAACACCUGGCCGGUGUAGAAUCUGCUGCUAGUAGUAUGAGUAGUGCUAGUGGCUCCGUAGCUUUCAAGACGGCGGAUAAAUUAACGACGUCUGCAAGCUCGACUAGAGAUAAUUGCAGCGGCGUAUCGAGCGCCAGUGGCAGUUCGGUGUACAAAUCGUGCGAGAGUAUUGAGAUCAUUACGGCCACCACUGCGAUGAGCGAGAUCCAACAGGGUUACUAUGCCGUCACCGAUAAGUCAGAUAAUGCUAGAGAGAAAAUCAUACCGGCAAUGGAAAGUGUCGCACAGGUGGUAAGCUAUAAUUUGCCACCCAUCACACCCAUUACACGCAUUCCAGGCUCACUUAUCAACAAAAAGAUUAUACGUUUCGACUCCCCAUGUGAAGAAGAGGACGAAUUAGAAGAAUUGGAAGAAAUUAAGAAUCAUAAAGGCAUCGCAAAUUCAACAACUACAACCAAAACAAAUACACCAUCGAAAAUGAUAAAUAUUUAUGCGUCACCAAAGCACGACAAUAGUAAUACAGCUAAUGCAGGUUCAAAAGCUCUAAUGAAAGUUACCGAAACUCCACGUAGCACGGACUCUUCCAUUUCCGAAGCUUUCUUUACGCCUAGCGCCACCCCAGUGCGCCGAAACAAAAAGCCGCCAACGCAAGAAAAUGCUGACGGUUCUAAAGAUUUUAGCAAACCUACAGCAAGGCGCAUUCCAUCUCUUAGUAAACAGGGCAGAGGUACAGCAUUUGAUCGCUCAGAAAGUAUUACGGAUAAUGAAAACGAAAAUGACGCAGAAGAACAUAGCAUAAAUACAAAACAUCAAAGUAACCAGAAUAAUAUGUCUGUUUUGGGUCGUUCAUGGUCAUUUGGUGCUUUACUGGGCUCGGUGAUGCGUUUGAAUUCGACGGGGAAAGUAGCUACGCCUGAGAAAAAACGAACAUCCCCACACACCGAUGUUAACUCGAAUUCGAUAAUUAAACGGUGCGCUUCGAUGGCAGGUUCUCUUAUGCGCACACAAUCUCUAAUUGAGGAAGAUGAACAAACGCGCAACCAAAAACGAAAGCGGUCCUAUACGACCGACAUGAAAUCGGUUUCAGGCAUACACUAUCCACGACAUUAUAGCGACCCAGUGUCACCGAGUCCCGAAAAGUCGUUGCGUACGAAACGUUUUCGCAUACAUGGACGGAAGCCAAUCGAGCGCAUGCGAAGAGAGUUAUAAAUAGAAGAAAUUACUUUUGCGAAAGAAGUCUUUUGUGAUGCCAAUACCAGCGAUUUUUCCGUUGCUAAAAAUUUAAUUAUACACAUUUAUGAAAUAAAUAUUUAAAAUUUUUUUUUAUAAAGUACAUACAUACAUACAUACACACCUACUAGUUUGAAACAAAAUUUUUAAUUUAAUGUGCAAAAUAUUUAAUAACUGUUCUUUAUAUAGUGUUUUUUAUUAUGUAAGAAAAUAAAUGUUCUACUUUUGUUCACAUUUAA